GUCCGAGAAAAGCGCGAGCUGUUCUUGUGCUUCAUUUCGUAUGUGUGAGGGCUUCAUUACGUAGAUAAGUAGGUAGGCAGCUAAACAUCCAGAGAUACCGUAGAAUUUUCAAUUAUAUAAAUAAUCAGUCCAUCCGUUCUUUUCUUGGAGAGAUAUCACAUACCACUCACACCACAACCAUUACUACAUUCACACAACGCCAGUCUUAGACCCAUCAAUUAUCACAUCCCAGCUUUGCAGCUUGCUAUUGCAUUUAUAUCCUAUCUUUACCACUACAUUCUAUACCAUCGAUAUAAUGACCAACGCUCCCGUAGAGACCGUCGCCUUCUUUGGAGCCAGCGGUGGAGUUGGCUUGACAGCACUUAAGGAUACACUUCGAUCAGGUCGUCACUGUGUGGCACUUUGCCGUACCCCUUCAAAACUCGCCGCAAUUCUUCCCCCUGAAUCCAACCCCAACCUAAAGAUCGUACAAGGAAAUUCCCACGACGUGACUGCCGUCUCAUCAUGUCUUCUUGCCGAGCCCGGUGUCCUUGUAGAUAAGAUCGUCUCGACCAUUGGCGGUGCUUUUAUUGCAUCUAAGAUGACUCUCGAUGACCCCGAAGUCUGUCAAAAGGGAAUUGCCGUUCUUCUUGAGGCCCUCACAAACCUCCGAAAUAACGGUGCUGUAGGCAAGCCUCACAUAACGGUCUGCAGCACAACCGGAUUAUCAAAAUUUGGUCGUGACAUUCCCAUUGCCAUGAUCCCACUGUACCACAUCAUGCUCAAGGUACCGCACGCUGAUAAGAUUAUCAUGGAGGAGCGCUUGGUAUCAAGCGGAGAGGAUUUCACUAUCGUGCGGCCUAGUUUCAUGGCAUCUGAAAUUGAAACCACCAAAAAGGUUAACGUUGGUAUUGAGGAUCCUAUUAUUGGACGCGAAUCGGCAGCGAUUGGAUACACCAUCAGCAAAAGUGACGCUGGGAGAUGGGUUGCGGAAAACUUGAUCUUGCAGAAGCACACGAAGUACAGCAAGAAGAUUGCUAUGAUUACAACUUGAGUUGCGAUAAGAAUAUGGCAUCAAACAAGGCUUGGGUUGAAAAUAACGCGUUCGGGGUGUGUAGGAUAGUGUAGACUUGGAUUUGUUAUAUCAUAGAAUUCCGGAGUCCGGCGUACAAAGCGAUUAUAGACCAUCGAAUUCCUUAUGUAGAAUACACUUAGUACACCAGACUUACUAUGUACAACAACAAGAUGC